AUGUUUCUGAUCUUUUACAUAUUUCUUCUGCAACCUUUGAAUACCUUUGCACUCCGAUUAGGAGAAUGUCAGGCCUUACCGUUAGGUAUGGAAUCUGGGGAGAUUACCAAUAUGCAAAUAACAGCCAGUACAAGCUUUGAUCGACAAUCAGUUGGACCACAGAAUGCGAGAUUACGACAUGAAAUGGAUUCUGGGGCAUGGUGUCCAAAGCCGCAAAUUGAUAGUAAUUCAUAUGAGUUCUUACAGAUCAAUCUCGAUCGAACACAUAUAGUCUCAGCCAUUCAAACACAAGGUAGAUUCGGAAAUGGAACUGGUCGAGAAUUUACUAAAGAGUACAUGAUUGACUAUCUGAGGCCAGGAAGUAAAUGGAUACGAUAUACUAAUCGAACAGGGCAUGUGCUCAUGACUGGUAACUUUGAUACUGUGACAGCCGUUAUGAGACAGUUGGACCCACCAAUCAUAGCUUCUCGUAUACGCAUUGUUCCUCAUUCCAAAACAAAACGAACCAUAUGUAUGAGAGCUGAGCUUCAUGGAUGCCUUCAUCGAGAUGGGCUUCUUUACUAUUCAACUGUGCCUGAGGGCUCACGCAUGGGAGAUUAUGAUUUUAGGGAUCCCAUUUUUGAAGAUAAUCAGCUCUUCACAGAAACGGGCAUUAAGCGGGGCCUGGGUUUGUUGAGUGAUGGAUAUGUGGCUGAUUCGUCUCCAUUCACGCCUUCAAAUCAUAACGCUUCAUGGAUAGGCUGGAACAAGCAUCAGACUGGUGGAACAAUAACACUUUUGUUUGAGUUUGAUCAAAUUCGAAACUUUUCGGAAAUUCUGUUGGCACUUCAUGGACAUCGUUUAGACAGCAUUGAUGUCAUUUUUAGCCAAGACGGAACUAACUUCCCUUUAUCAUCUCAGAUAUCUUCCCUUGAUAGAUUAGCCGCCAAUUCUACUGCAAAACGAUACGACUUGAGAAUUCCUUUGCACCGUCGAAUGGCAAGGAAAGUUCGUGUAACAAUCAAAUUCCCUGGCGAUUGGUUAUUCCUUACCGAAAUUCAUUUUGCAUCUGGGCCAAUGUCUCAUAUACCUGAGGACUACGAGCUUCUCUCAAAUGAAACCAAUGCCUCGUUUGAUAACCCCAUAGAAGGCUUCAUCAAAGUGGACAGAAACCUGAUGAGCAUCAUAGGACUCUGCGUACUCUUUGUGAUCUUCAUCCUUGUCAUCUUUGGAAUUCUCUGUGUUCGCAAACGAAAAAAUCCAGAGAAAGAAGAUAUGUUCCAACAAGAUGUGAAAAGAGAUUUGAUUAUAACUCAUAUGGGAGGGAAGCAAACUACUCACAUCUUUCCGAGUGCAUUCUCUUCUCAAUACAACACGAACCUCUAUGCAACAGAUAAGACAACGAGCACAAGUGUUUCAACUAAGAGCACAUCCUCAAUUGGUAAAACCACUCCUCCAACUUGGAACGACUUCCACUUCCCUCCACCACCAGAAGAGCGAAUAUAUGCGGAACCCUGCAUGACAUUGCCCCUUCUACCUUCCAAGAGAAGACCUCAAACGGAUUUGAGAUCAUCGAUGACUACAAGAAGGCCAAAGCAUAUAGACUAUUCGGAUGAAGUUCAGCAUUAUGCAACUGGAAAUCUGUUCUCGGACAUGUACGGUUUUGACAAAAUUGAACGUUAUCACUUCAAUUCUCUCAAAUUCGGAGCAGACUUGGGUGAAGGAAAGUUGACAAGGAUUAAAGAAUGUUUCUUACCCGUAAACAAGCAGCCAGCUGUGUACAAGUGUGCGAAAGAUAAGAACAAUCUGCAUGCGAGAAAAGCAAUUUUGGAUGAAUUGAAAACAUUAUCUAUUACUGCUCAUCCUCACAUAGUUCGAUUACUCGGAACGGAUGAGAACGCUUCUCUCCUUCUCGAGCUCAUGCCUCUUGGAGAUGUGAAACAAUAUCUCAAAAACCUAGCUCAACCUCUUCCAUUAUCCUCGAUUCUGUCUAUAUGUGCAGAUGUUUGCUCAGGAAUGGCUUAUUUAGAGUCAAAAGCUUUAGUUCAUGGACAUUUAACUCCGAGCCAUAUUCUACUUUCGGAUACAUUGAGAGCUAAGAUAUCUUCACCUCGAGGUCCUUCACAUCCGGCUCAACUGAGAUACAGUGCUCCAGAGAGCAUUAUCAAUAACAAGUUCUCUUCAAAAUCCGACAGUUGGGCUUAUGCAGUGUGCUGCUAUGAAAUUCUCUAUCAGUGUCAGAAGGUUCCUUACGAAAACUUAACUAACGCUGAGCUUGUGGAAAAUGCUGAACGUGUGUUGGAAGGAAAUGAGAAUGAAACAGUAAUUCUUCGAAUACCAGAAGCUGUUCCUCGAGGUAUCCGAGAAAUAAUUAGUCGCUGCUUCGAUGCUCAUCCUCCUGGUCGUCCAACAUUUGGGCAAAUCUAUACAUUUAUAGACAGAUUUCAUUCUUAG